AUGAGUGAAGAGCGGGACCCUUUGAUGGCCGCUUUUGAAAGCGAGGGACAGCAGAAUGACCAAGUGAAUGAAGCUGGCGGUAGUAAUGAGGAUCAACAGCAACAACAACAGGAGACUCCUGCACCAGUGGUAGAUCCUGAACAAGAGGCCAGAGACAGGACCUUGAAUGAAUUUAAGAAGAAACUGAUGGAACACAGAAGGUUUGAUGACCAGUUGAAACAACGCCGUCAGACCAUACGGGACUUAGAAAAGGCCUAUGACAAGACAGAGAACGAUAUUAAGGCGUUGCAGAGUAUUGGACAAUUGAUUGGGGAAGUAAUGAAGGAAUUAUCAGAGGAGAAAUAUAUUGUGAAGGCUUCAUCGGGACCACGGUAUAUUGUUGGUGUGAGAAACUCUGUGGACCGUUCGAGAUUAAAGAAAGGUGUUAGAGUUACUCUAGAUAUAACUACAUUGACGAUUAUGCGAAUUUUGCCUCGUGAAACUGACCCAUUGGUUUACAAUAUGACAAGUUUCGAACAGGGCGAUAUAUCCUUUGACGGUAUCGGUGGGCUGACUGAACAGAUUAGAGAGUUGAGGGAAGUGAUAGAGCUACCUUUGAAGAACCCAGAAAUUUUCCAAAGAGUUGGGAUCCAACCACCAAAAGGUGUCUUGCUAUAUGGCCCACCUGGAACUGGUAAGACACUGUUAGCAAAAGCAGUAGCGGCUACUAUCGGUGCUAAUUUCAUCUUCUCACCAGCUUCUGGUAUCGUUGACAAAUAUAUCGGUGAAUCUGCUCGUAUCAUUAGAGAGAUGUUCGCUUACGCUAAGGAACAUGAACCUUGUAUCAUAUUCAUGGACGAAAUUGAUGCCAUCGGUGGUCGUAGAUUUAGUGAAGGAACUUCUGCAGAUCGUGAAAUUCAACGUACUUUGAUGGAAUUGCUGACACAGAUGGAUGGGUUCGAUAAUUUGGGUCAAACAAAAGUCAUCAUGGCUACCAAUAGACCAGAUACUUUGGACCCGGCUUUGUUGAGACCUGGUAGACUCGAUAGAAAAAUCGAGAUCCCAUUGCCCAACGAGGCUGGCAGGCUCGAGAUUUUCAAGAUCCACACGGUGCACGUCAAGAAGAGUGGUGAAUUCGAUUUUGAGGCUGCUGUCAAGAUGAGUGAUGGCUUCAAUGGUGCCGAUAUUCGUAACUGUAUCACCGAAGCAGGGUUCUUCGCAAUUAGAGACGAUCGUGAUCAUAUCAUACCUGAAGAUUUGAUGAAAGCUGUCAGGAAGGUUGCCGAAGUGAAGAAGUUGGAAGGUUCUCUAGAUUAUCAAAAACUAUAG